AUGCAAAGAUCAUCCUCAUCGUCUGGUAUUCAUACUCCUCCAUCAUACGCUCAUUCUUCUCUCGACAGAGCACCGUCUCCGAGCAAUUCAAUGUUCUCGCCUGACACGACCCCUAAAGUUCCUCCUCCAAUAUACCUCCGAUCAUCCUCUCCAUCAGGUGUCAGCUCGGCUGGUACGUUGAAAAUACAUAUUCCUGCAUGGGGCGUCGUCUUUGUCAGACCACCUCAAAUGCUCGAGUUGCAUCCUUUGGAAGCGGGAAGUCAAGCGACAGAGCCACCUAGGGAGGAUACCGUUCUCAGUGGAAGCCUGGAAGUCAUCAUGAAAGACCGUAAGAGGUGUCAAGCGAUCAGUAUUGGUAUCCAAAGCGUCUGUAAAUUAUGGAUGGGUCCGGCUCGAGGAUGGGAAGAGGACGGAAUUUUUGAGCGUGGAGUCGAAGUGCUCGGAGGUGACGCAGAAGGUAUAUGGUUGGAGAAGGGCUCCCAGACGUUCACUUUUACACUUCUCCUGCCAGCCACGCUGGCAACCACAGAUUAUCAUGAGAACGCACGUAUCUCGUACAUGCUCACUGCUCGGGUGGAGGGCAUAGGAGCGACCUCACAUUUCGGCUCCAUCUUCCGUCGCGGUUCAGAACCACCAACGAUCAAAGAUGAUAUUCCAUUCAAAGAGGAUUUCGAGGCCGUUAUUGCCAGAUCGGAUAAAUUGGCCAUGGAGCAACAGCAAGACCCCAGGUCUAGGCGAGGAUCUGCUUCGCAAAAUCGUUCACGAGGUAACUCCAUAUCUGGAUCUGGAACACCACCUAGACUCGCCUCCCCUCGGGGUGUGCUUCAAUCCCUGUCUCCGGCGUCGACUGAGUACUUUGAGGAUGCGUCCGUGUCAGAAGGUUCCGCCAUCGCCAUGGGAGACGGGUCUCCGUCUCUGACGGGACUCUAUCAUCGUUCCCAAUCCUCCGAUAUCCAACGGACGACCUCGAGAGGGGAUACUCGAUCCAUCUUGUCAUUCGCAGGGAGCGACUCGGGACAAAAGUCUGAAAAGCAGGGAUGGCUCAAGGGGGAUUUGCAGUCCAGCCGAGCUGUCGCCGUCCACGCGAAUCCGAACAACGUGGACGGUGUGACCGUUCUUGAUGUUCGGAAGGAGGGAUUCGUCCACGGCUUGGGCAGCUGGCGGAUUGGCAUAACCUCUGAUUCGUUCUCCGUCUCCGCCGUCAUGCUGUUUUCCAUUACUAUUCCCUCUCCAUCACCUAAAGCGACCAUUUUCUUCCUUCGUCUCCUCUUGAACCAAUCAUAUACCGUCAUCUCACCGCGCACUCCCAACGACGAGCCUUUCAUAGCUGAGCCUGCAAGAAACUUUGUCCUGUAUCAAAUCGGCAGACCUCACAAGGGAGGCGAGAGAUGCCCACCUCAUACUGUCGAAGCUCUGUGGCGGGGACCCGAAGUGACAGGAGACGGUCCUGCUGGAGCUACAGCCUCCAGCUCGACCGCGGGACCGAACAGUGCCACGAUCCCCGCUACCCUUGGCUGGCGCAAUCGAGCAGUCGUGCGUGUACCAAACCAUGAGAAAGUCAGACCGUCAACGUACUAUGGUACCAUCACACCCAUAAGAGUCAAGCACGAACUCGCGAUCCAAGUUUUCUACUCCAUACAAGGGGAGAGCGUGGCAGGUAUGCCCAUCAAAGGUCCCGGAGAGCUACGUAUGAUGUCGUACAGAAUGCCCGUGAUGGUGCCAUCGUGUACCUGUACAGUGGCAGCUUUGAGCCUUCCAACUUGUAACAACGACGACCUGUCUGCGUCUGAGAUCGACAUCGACGCACCGUUCUCAGCGCCCUCUACAUCCAAAAAGUGCAUGUGCGGUGCAUCUUUUGCGGAACUCGGAGAAGCUGCCAUGCGUAAGAUGAAUCAGCAAGAUCGAGAGGAUUUGGAUGCCGACAUGAACGGCUUCCGAAUCAGCGAUGGACAAGACGAUAGCAAUGGCGGGUUGGCUGGGAGCUUCGCCAUGUCUAGAGAAGGAAGCAUGAAAGAAGACGGAGAACGAAGGUCAAUUGCUCAGACUGAGAACCGCAGGGGGAGUGCGAAUCUGGGUAGUAAUUGGGGACCGUCGUCGUAG